AUGGACAACCAAUCGGAUGUCGAGGCUCCUGGGCUGCUCUGCGUCAACUCGUACAACAACCUCAGCUGCUCGAGCCCUCGGCUGCCCGCGACCCAGCGCACUCUCGCUCUGGUGGUGCUCAUCUCGUUCAGCGCCUGCACCGUCGUGGGAAACUCGCUCAUCGUCCUCUCCAUCCUCUACUUCCGGCAGCUGCAGACGCGCACCAACGCCUUCACGCUCUCCCUCGCCCUCGCCGACAUGCUCGUGGGCCUGCUGGUGAUGCCCUACAGCAUGAUGCGCGCCGUCUACAGCUGCUGGUUCUACGGCAGCUUCUUCUGCAAGGUGCACACGUGGUUCGACUUCACGUUCACGUCGUCGUCCGUCAUCCACCUCAGCUGCAUUUCCAUCGACCGCUACAUCGCCAUCAGCGACCCGCUGCGAUACCCGAAGCGGCUCGGGCCGCCGAAGGUGGCGCUGAUGCUGGUGGUCUGCUGGAGCACCACACUGGCCUACGGGCUGCCGUUCUUCUCCGGCUGGACCGUGCUCGGGAUCGAGGAGGUGAUCGCGCGGGGCUCGUGCCGGGACGCGUGCCCGGUGGUGGGCAACAUGGCCUUUGCCUUCACGAACGCCUUCUUCGCCUAUCUCAUCCCGCUCUGCAUCAUGGUCACCUCCUACGCCAAGAUAUUCCGCAUUGCCCGCGAGCAGGCGCACAAGAUCCGCGCCAACAGCGCGCACGACCCCGGUGUCGAGUCCUCCUCAUCCUCCGCCCGCCAGCAGUGGGCGGCGAUGAAGCGAGAGCACAACGCCACGAAGACACUCGGAAUCAUCAUGGGAGUCUUCCUGCUCUUCUGGUUGCCCUAUUGCUCCGUGGCGGUGAUCGACCCGAUAAUUGGCUACCAGACGAGCGCCACGAGCUGGGACGUGGCCAACUGGAUCGCGUACGUGAACUCGGCCAUAAACCCCGUGCUCUUCGCCUCCUUCAACCGUUCCUUCCGCGGUGCCUUCCGGCUCAUCUUCACCUGCCGGGUCUCCUCGUCCACCUACCGGAACGCCGAUCUGUUCAACCUGAACGACUCGGCCAAUUGA